AUGAAUACUAGCCCUGAAAUGAGUAGUGAUGGACACCCGUUUGGUAUCCCCGUGAAUAGUCCGUCUAUGAAGGGAAGCCCGCCAUCCACAGCUGGUGGAGGACCCGUUAAUGUUGGUUCCAAUGCAGUGAGGACGACGACGUUGACUCCACAGCAACAGCAGCAGCAGCAACUUUUACAAAAGCAGAGGAUGUUAUUGCAACAACAGCAACAGCAACAACGUCAUCAACAGUCGAUGCAGAAUUUCGAGGCUCAAUUUUAUCAAUUGUUGAUGACGAUAAAUAAGAAACCUAAGAGACUUUACAAUUUUGUAGAGGAUUCUGAUGCUAUUUUGAAGAAAUAUGAACAAUAUAGACCUAGUUUUGAGUUCCAUAUCUACGAGAACAAUUAUAAGAUUUGUGCACCGGCGAAUACGAGAUUACAACAACAACAGAAGAACCCUGAGAUAUCGAGUGAUGGACUCGUGUUGAAUAAGAAUAAUGAAACAUUGAAAGAGUUUUUGGAGUAUGUAGCGAGGGGUAAGAUUCCCGAGGCUAUAAUGGAAGUGUUAAAGGAUUGUAAUAUUCAAUUUUAUGAGGGUAAUCUUAUCUUGCAAGUUUACGAUCAUACCAACACAGUGGACGUGACCACGGCAAAGGAUGUGAAAGUGGAGAAUAAUCAAUCGCCCCCUGCACGGUCGAUGUCACCAUCCAAUGCAAGAGCGACAUCUCCGGCGGCACCGGCGACUUUCAAACGACCUAGAGUGUACCGUACAUUGCUCAGACCGAAUGAUUUGACUACGUAUUACGAUAUGAUGGCUUAUGCGGAUCAUGCUAAAUUUAGUGAUACGAUCUAUCAACAAUUUGAAUCUGAGAUUCUGACUCUGACCAAGAGGAAUUUGAAAUUGGAUGUUCCCUUGAAUCCGUACGAGCAUCGUGAUAAAUUGGAGGAUGAACUAUUCGCGAUGCCGCAAUGGGACAAUGGUGAGUUGAAACAUCAUCAUCGGGAGGAAUGCACUGUGGAGGGGUCGAAGGGGCAAGUGAAACAUGUUGAAGAGCAUGGAGAAUUGCCUCAACAUUCAUCUAAUUAUGAGCAGUUGAUGUUGAUUAUGAAUGAUAGGACGAUUACUACUACUAAUUCCACGUUUGCGAUCACGUUAGCUAAGAACGCUACGAAAUUACUGAACAAUGCGAAUGGCAAUAACUCAUCGUCGUCUAAUAAUACUUCUAGUAACAGUAAAGGGAAUCAAGGCGGGACGGUGAAAAACAGUAGUAAUGGUAAUUCCAGUUCGGGCACACAAGUCGCCAUUGCUGCAGCUGCCGCCGCCGCAGCAGCAGCAGCUGGUGCCACUGUGGGUAAUGAGAAUAAUCAAUUUAGUCGGUUAAAAUUCAUUGAACAAUGGCGAGUCAACAAGGAGAAGAGGAAACAACAGCAGUUCAUGACGAAUAAUAAUAGCAAUACGAAUAGUGCACAUAUGAAUGUGAACAAUGUGAGGACGGGGUCCGCUACACCGUUUAGUUCCAAGAUAUCUAUGGGCGCGCCCUUGAGUGCGCAACAGCAGUUCUUACAACAGCAACAGGCCUUGGAACAGCAGCAGCAACAGCAGCAGGGCAAAGGGACGAAACGUAAUGGUGGAGGAUCUAAUGGCGGAACACCCAAGCCGAAGAAACCACGUAAGACGAAGAAGAAGGCAGAAGGAGAAACAGCGGGGGCCAAGAAGAAGCGUGCGCCCGCCAAGAAACAAAGUGGGAAGAGCACUCCGUCUGCGUAA